CUUACAGUGUCAUGGCGGCGCUCGGCUGCGGCAGGUGUGUUCUCACACGAGUGUUUAACCGGAGUGUGUGUUACAGAGCGGCUGCUGGGCUACACACACUCACACACACACUCUCACACACACACCGCCGCGCGCGCGCAGUGUCACCUCCUGUGUGGGCUCCCGCCGGCGGAAGUGUAGGGCUGAGCGCGCGAGACUCGUAUACACUACCUCAGCAUGGUGGAGCUGUGUUUAAACUGGAUGUCUUGGUGUCUCUCCUGCGGGAGGAGAAUGCCGUGGACGUGUGUGUGAUCCGAGUCCCAGCCGAGCUGAAAUACACAGAGUACUUCAUCAUCGCCAGCGGAACCUCAACACGACACAUACGGGCCAUGGCACAGUACACUGUUAAAGUGUAUAAGUUCCUGAGGAGAGACAGUGAUCCUCACACACACAUCGAGGGACAGGACUGUGAGGACUGGAUGUGUGUUGAUUUUGGGUCGAUGGUGGUCCACUUCAUGCUCCCAGAGACGAGAGAAAAGUUUCAGUUGGAGACGCUGUGGACGCUGCGGAACUACGAACAGCUGACCAACAACACACUUGCACACACACUGCCUCCUGACUUCAUACUCACACACUCACACACACACAUACACACAAAAUGACUGACACACACUGCCACUUGACCUUAUACUCUCACACACACACGCACACACUUUAUCAGGUUCACAUUAGAGAAUUGCUGACUGGAAGUGCUCUGUGUAAACACACACCUGUCUGUAUAACACAUUUGUGUGUGUGUGUGUGUGUGUGUGUGUGUGUGUGUAGUGAAGUAAGCUGUGUAUGAUGUCAGUGAUGUAAUGAGCUGCUAGUCAUUAAAAAUUGGUAAUAAAUUUA